AAAUACCAUGAGGCUCUAAAGAUAUAUAAAGAUACCUUGAAACAUAAAAAAGAAAUUUUUCAUGAGAAAAAACUCGAGGAUUUGGAAAUAGCUGCCGAGACUGACCCAAAUUCAUUCUGGAAAAACCUGAAAAACAUGAGUGACAGCUGUGAUGAUCUCUCUUCUAGCUCAACACAAAUAACCAACCAAAAAUGGAUAUCGCACUUUGAAAAUCUACAUACAAAACACAACUUAGGCCCCAAGCAAGAAGGUAUCCUUAAAAAUUUAGAACUUCUUGAAAACAACAUUGAUGACAAUAACACUCUUGAUGACCCAAUUACAGAAGACGACAUUAUAAGUGCAGCUACAAAACUAAAGCAUAAGAAAUCUGCCUACUCUGAUAAGAUAAGGAACGAAAUGAUAAAAUCUAGUGUGAACAUUCUGCUUAAAGGCUAUCAUAAAUUGUUUAAUAUGAUUCUAGAGUGUGGAAUUUUCCCUGAGAAAUGGUGCGAAGGUCUUUUAACCCCUAUUUUUAAAUCUGGAGACAAACAAGAUCCUAACAACUACAGAGGAAUUUGUGUGACAAGUUGUAUUGGCAAAUUCUUCUGUUUAAUUCUAAAUAAACGAUUGAAUGAUUUCACACAAGAAAAUGAUUUAGUUCACCAUUCGCAAAUUGGAUUUCAAUCAGGACAUAGAACAGCCGAUCAUGUUUUCACCCUAAAAACGUUAAUUGAUAAGCAUGUCACCCCAAACAAAAACAAUAAAAUUUAUGCAUGCUUUGUUGACUUCAAAAAAGCAUUUGACUCUGUCUGGCAUGAAGGCCUAUACUCUAAACUAUUAAAAUACAAAAUUGGGGGAAAUUUUUAUCGUCUAAUUAAGAGCCUUUAUUCUAACUCUAAAUGUGCAGUCAAAUUAUCCAAAUCCAGAACAACAUUCUUCCCUUAUUCCAAAGGUGUUCGCCAAGGAUGCACAUUAAGUCCACUCUUAUUCAACCUUUACAUAAACGAGCUAACAACAUUAUUUAAUAAUACUGACUCAGACCCCUUCAUACUGCCAAAUGGCUCAAAAUUGAACUGUCUUCUCUAUGCUGAUGAUUUGAUCAUCCUGUCUAGAUCAAGAUUUGGACUACAAAAAUGCCUAAAUGAACUCCAAAAUUGGUGCAGUAAAUGGCUAAUGGAG